GUAUUUGCAAUCUUUGCCAAAGCCACUCCAUAUUGCUCCAGGGACUCACAGUGAGACAAAGAGAAGGCAUUGCCUUUGUUGAUCAGCUGUCGAGUCUCUUGUUUCUGUGACAAUGCGGCUAGUCACUCUCUUGCUGUUGGGACUCCUGAAGUUCACGUUUGCUCAUGACAGAGAUCCCUUCCUAUGGCUUUCUUCUCUGCACAGCCUUGGUUACGCCUCUCUGCAGGCCGACAACACCGGGGGAGAAUGUCCCGAGGAGUGUGACUGUCCUCCAACCUUCCCAAGUGCCAUGUACUGCGACAACCGCAACAUUAAACAAAUGCCCUACAUUCCAUCCCGUAUGAAGUAUGUGUAUCUACAGCACAAUCAGAUCACCUCUGUUCCAGAUAAUGCUUUUGGAAAUGCCACUAACCUUGUGUGGGUUAUGUUGCAUGAGAACCAUAUUAACUCAGUGGGCAAGCAAGCGUUUGCUAAACUGGCGAACUUGGAUCGCCUGUACCUGAACAGCAACAACCUAACCGAGGUGCCGUCCAACUUACCUCACUCACUACGUGACCUUCGUCUUAAUCACAAUAAAAUUGCCAAGUUGUCCCCCAACGCUUUUGAGGGCAUGGAGAACUUGACCACACUUUUGCUCAAUAACAAUGGCCUACAGGAUAUUGAUGGUGGCCUGAAAGGUCUGAAGUCGUUAACUCUGCUGGAUGUGAGCAGUAACCAGCUCAAGAAGGUUCCAAAUGGUCUUCCUGCGAUGCUCCACCAGCUCUACCUAGAGUCCAACUCUAUCGAAACAGUUCCAGUGAACUUCCUCAGCCAGUUCACCAACCUGCAGUAUUUCCGUAUUUCUCACAAUGAGCUCACAAACAAAGGCAUCCCCCAAAACACCUUUAACAACAGCGGUUUGGUGGAGCUGGAUUUGUCCUUCAACAAGUUGGAGAGCAUUCCUGUUGUUAGUACCAGUCUGCAACAUCUCUAUCUUCAGGCCAAUCAGAUCAAAGAGUUCUCAUUGGGCAGUUUCUGCAGUGUGGUGGAUGUUAUGAACUUCUCCAAGCUGAAAGUCUUAAGGCUGGAAGGAAAUGAGAUCAGUCCUGGAGAAAUGCCCCCUGAAGCUGCCCUGUGCCUUCGUCUGGCCUCUGAUAUCGCUGUGUAAUGGCAUGGACCAAUCAGCAGGGGGCUCUUUUGUUUCCCCUCCAAUAUUAUUAUCUCAAAGUGUCAUAACAUCGCAUUGAUGUACAUUUUUAUAGUAGGGAAGGUUAGAGUGCCUUGGGAUUUUGUAUCAGAGAAAUAUAAUUUCCUGUGGACUUUAGAAAGGUACAAAUAGAGAAAUGGGGGGGGGGGGGGUGAAGGGAAAUUGAGAGAUUUAGAUAGGAAAUGGAGAUCCUUUGUAAAGGUAUGUGAAGCCAAUCAAAAGCCACUUUGCCAUUCUAAUAUGCUUUCUGUUGGUUAGAUGACACUAUUGGCAGUGCUAAAAUCAACAUUACAGUUUGCUAUUUUGCUUGAUGGACAUUUGAUUUACUUUAGGUUUGUGCAACCUGGAUUCAUGUCUCUUCAGGGAGGAGUUUGAACAAUGCUGUGAGUAUUUAUUCUACACAUGAGACAGAAGAACAGAUCUGAGAACAGAAAAAUCUUACUUGACUACAUCGAUCUGACUUGUUAUUGUGUUAUCUGAUAUGAUAUCAUCAUAAGAAAAGAAAAACCUUUUAAAUCAGUAAUCUCUCCAAUAUUCACAUCUCUAAGAGGAAAGACAAAAACUUUGAAUUGUUUUUUUAAGAGCAAAUGUAUUGCAUGUGAAUUAAAAAAAAAAAUGACUGAGGUCCUGGUGUUUAAAAUGCUUUCAGACCUUUCGUGUGGUUCAAUAAAACGUAUCAUGAUGUUUUAAA